AUGAACCUGCUAACCUUACUUUCAAUCGCAACGUGCUUUACGAUAGGAACCGCAUUUCUGCACAAAAGGAUCAACUACAAGCGGACAGGACAUGCGCGAAUAAGCCACAAACCAACGACCAUACAAUAUGAUCAUGCCCUUUACAAAGCCAAUACAAAAAAGGGAGUAAAAAAAAUUUACUCUUUCAAAAGACACGUAUCAGAGAUAUGGAAUAACAUUAAAACGAGGAGGAUAGAAAAUUAUAUGGAAGAUUUUUUUCAAACAAAGCAAGUAAAAAAUACGCUUCAAAAUAACUUCCUUUGUUUUAAACACCUAUUUAAUAAGUGUAAGUUGGACAGAAUAAUUAUAGCUGUUAAUGUGGCGCUAUAUCUUUACCUGAACAGAAUUGAUAAGGAUGAUGAAAAAAGGAUAUUUUUUCACAAAGGGAAUUUAUUGGAGGUGAAAGAACAAAAGGCAGAAAAAUACAAAUGCAAUUAUCACGAUCCUGUGCGCAAAAUUACGGGAGCAUGUGCAUUCCAUUUCAACUGUUCAUGUUGGUACUUUCUCGAAAUUUUUCUCCUUUCAUCAAAUUUAAUUUUUAAAAUUGUACGAAAUGCAAAUUUUAAAAUGGGACAAAUACAAAAGUUCAUGAUCAACUACAAGCGGACAGGACAUGCGCGAAUAAGCCACAAACCAACGACCAUACAAUAUGAUCAUGCCCUUUACAAAGCCAAUACAAAAAAGGGAGUAAAAAAAAUUUACUCUUUCAAAAGACACGUAUCAGAGAUAUGGAAUAACAUUAAAACGAGGAGGAUAGAAAAUUAUAUGGAAGAUUUUUUUCAAACAAAGCAAGUAAAAAAUACGCUUCAAAAUAACUUCCUUUGUUUUAAACACCUAUUUAAUAAGUGUAAGUUGGACAGAAUAAUUAUAGCUGUUAAUGUGGCGCUAUAUCUUUACCUGAACAGAAUUGAUAAGGAUGAUGAAAAAAGGAUAUUUUUUCACAAAGGGAAUUUAUUGGAGGUGAAAGAACAAAAGGCAGAAAAAUACAAAUGCAAUUAUCACGAUGUUUAUAAAACAAAAAAUUUUAAAACAUUUUUCACUUCCCUUUUUAUACACAAAAAUGUUUUGCAUUUAUAUUUUAACAUGAGUUCGCUAAUUUCCAUAUAUAAAAUAAUUUCGCUAAUUUACACGAACACACAAAUAUUUGUUACAUUCCUCUUGUCAGGUGUCCUGUCCAAUGUUAUAUCAUACAUUUGUUACUUGCGAGAAAAAAAAGAAAACGUGCUUUUGAAAAAUUUAAUUUUAAAAAAUGCGUCAAACGAAAAUAAUAUCCUUGUGAAUAAAAAUAAUAAAAUUAUAUGUGGAAGCAGUUCCUGUAUUUAUUCUCUUUAUGGAAUGCAUAUGACAUAUAUUAUAUAUUUUUACUUUAAACAUAAUUAUAUUGUGAACAGCAAUUUUUUGUACAAUUUUUUUUAUUCAUUCGUUUCAUCUUUGCUUCUCGAAAAUGUUAGUCACUUGAACCAUAUGUUGGGCUUCCUCUGUGGCUUUUUCUUCUCCUCCCUCAUAGUGCUCUUUGAUAGGAAUGCCUAA